AUGAGCGAGACUCGACCAGUGCCAAGGAGAGAGAGCCCAUGGGGGAGGCCAGAGGGAGAUCAUCGUGAACCUAAGGCCCAUCGCUGCAAUGACCGAGCCGAGGACGUCAUCCAAGCUUGUUUUGAGGGCAACCCAUUUAAGACAGUUCCAGGGCCAUUUAAGCUCUUCUGGCACUGCAUGCGAUCCAAGCCGGGGGAGGAACCAACAGAGCCAUAUACAUAUUUGCAGCUGGAUCCCCCAACUAGAGAGGUGAAACUGGAGUAA